GCCAUGAGAAAUUGGAAUACAUCGAAACUGAUUAAAAUUGCCACUAAACUCUGAGCAUUCAAGACACACAUACGUAGUUCAAUAUGGGUUUGGAUUCUUCCAAGGACAUCAAUCCCAAUGCCGCUCGUGGUUACAUCUUGGAAAAAUUCACCCGCCAGAAGAGUGGCAUCAACUGCAUGAGCAUGGAACCAGAGAAAUAUCUCUUGGCCACAGGUGGGGAGGAUAGGACAAUCGUUUUAUGGAGGGCGAAUGCCACACCAACGCAGUGGAAAUCCACCUUGAAGGGCCACACGGACUACGUGAGCUGCCUGACCUUCCACGACAAGUACAUACUUUCAGGCUCAGCAGACAGCACCAUCAGAAAAUGGUGCCUCAGUACUUAUGAGUGUCUUUACGCGUACGAAGGGCACAAGGAUCGGAUUAACAGGAUACUGUGUGCUGGAGAUUUUCUGUUCUCCUCUUCCACAGAUCACACCGCUCGAGUGUGGACUCUGACGACUCAUCAGUAUGCUGCCAAUGAAGACGUUUGCUUGUCCAUUCUUGAAGGUCACAGCAAAGCAGUUUAUCCAUUGGUCUUCAUACCAGAUGAAGGAAACCCACUCAAUAAUAGAACAAUAUAUGAUGGAGAUAUAUUUAUCACAGGCUCUUCAGACAAGACUACUAGGAUUUGGUCUCUAAAAACUAAUAAAUCCAUACACGUACUGAAAAUUCAUGCGGCCACAGUGAACACCUUGGCUACUGACCCCGAGGGGAAACUUCUCUUCAGUGGCGGAGGGGACGGGCUCAUUUGCUGCUGGAACAUCUCAACAGGGGAAUGCAUCAGGCGGAUGAAGGGACACGACGGACCAGUACUGAGUAUGAUUUGCCAUAAUAAAAUGCUGUACUCCUGCAGUACAGAUCAGACUGCUCGAGCUUGGAUUAUGGAUUUUGGUGAAUGCAUAAAAAUAUAUCGAGAACACACACACAGCGUUACGUGCAUCAAAUACUUCGAUGGAUACGUAUUUACCGGAUGCUCAGAUUUCUAUUGUAGAAUGUUCAAAGCCAAAACGGGAGAAUUGAAAAGAGUUUUCAAAGGACAUACCAAAGCUGUUGUACAGAUCGAGGUUGUCCAUGGCAAAAUGUACUCGAUCUCAGUGGAUGGGACCCUCCGGGUUUGGGACACCACGGGAAUCCUGGAGGAAGAAGAAUCGGAAACAGAGAUCGCGUGACUUAAAUUUCAAUGAAUCUGAUGUAAAAU